UCAUCAGUCUUGCAAACAUCCGCUCAUGACUUUUUUCUUCAUCCGUAUCAGCUGACAAGCAUGUUCUCAUUAGACAUUGUGCAUGAAAAUCGCAAAUGUUGAUUUAACUUAUGUCAAAGUGUGCCAUAAAACUUAACGAGCCAUAAAUUUAGUGAUGAGAGAACGGCUGCUCCACACAGUUCCUGUUCAUUGUUCCCUCAGUACCAUUUCCUCUGGGAAAUUUGGAGCCGUGGGACUGGGACCUGGACAAGGAUAAUUACUGGAAACGCUAAUGGGAAGGAGGGGGGCGGACGCUGAUUCUAAAUGGUCUUUUUCUUUUUUGGCCUGACUGGGUUUGCCCACUCCUCUGGUAGCUCGUCUAUUGGCCCAAUCCAACAUCAAUCUGCUGAGUAACCAAGUCCCCCCUCAAGUUUGAAACUUUUUUUUUUUUACGAAGAGGAGAAAGACUCCGAUUACACGAACAGCAGCAAACCUGUAACUGAUCUCACAGCCUACGAGAGAAGAAAACACUAUUUUAAUAAUUCACAAAUCUUGCGCCUGGUGGCUUUACGGUUACAGAACAGCAAAAGGGCAGUGAGAAUUGGACUUUUUUUUAUUUAUAGCGGAUACCCAACAAAAAUCUGAGAAGCAUGUUGUGAAGCGACAAGGAUGUGAAGAGCUGAGCGACCCUGUUGAGAUUAAAGCUUGUCAACUUCUGCGUCUGACCCAAGACUCGACCAUGGACUCCUUCAGCACCAAGAGCCUGGCCCUCCAGGCACAGAAGAAGCUGAUGAGCAAGAUGGCCACCAAGAGCAUGGCCAACCUCUUCAUAGACGACACCAGCAGCGAAGUGCUGGACGAGCUGUACCGCGUCACUAAGGAGUACACGCGCAACCGCAAAGAGUCCCAGAAGAUCAUCAAAAACCUAAUCAAGAUGGUGGUGAAGCUGGGCGUGCUUUACCGUAACAACCAGUUCAACAGUGAGGAGCUGAUCCUGGUGGAAAACUUCAGGAAGAAGGUCCACACUCUGGCCAUGACCGCCGUCAGCUUCCACCAGAUCGAGUUCACCUUCGACCGCCGCGUCAUGAGCGGCAUCUUGAACGAGUGCCGCGAGCUCCUGCACCAGGCCAUCCGCCGCCACCUGACCGCCAAGAGCCACUCGCGGGUCAAUCACGUCUUCAAUCACUUCGCCGACUGCGACUUCCUGGCGGCUCUGUACGGGCCCGCCGAGGUUUACCGGACCCACCUGCAGAGGAUCUGCAACGGGGUCAACAAGAUGCUCGACGACGGGAACCUCUGACCUCCAUUUGCUGUACUGUUGCCUCAACGCUUAUUGUUGGAUUUUCUUUUUAUAUUAUUAUUAUUAUUAUUGUAAAGGUGACAAUCAUAAACAUUUGUACUCUACAUGCUUCCAGAUGUUGCUGUACUGACAUUCCCUCAUUAAGUUUGUCCAAAGACUGCUUCUGUGCUUUUUUUUUUAAUAUAUAUAUAUAUAUAUAAACGAAUGUAAAACUUUACACUCUUGUUAGUAUAUGUGACAACUGUGCCUGUAGAAACCCCCAUUUUAUUCUUGUUUUUGCGUUAAAAACUCAAACAUUGGCACAGGCCUAACCUCUACCAGGCGCUUUUAAGGGACUUGCACCUAAAGAGGAACAAAUGACAUAAAGGAAUGAUUGUUUUUGUUUUUUCUCGUAAGAGUAGUGUUGCACUCAUUUCUCAACAAGCGCUGUACCGUUUUGUCAUCUGCCGUUGUGACGCCGUGUGAAGCUCAGCAGCCGGGUAAUCCUGCUUAGCCUGCAUUUUCCCCACCUUUAGAGGAGAAGCCAGGCGUUGGUUUCCAAAGGCUGCCGUCGGACUGCAACGGUCUGGUUUCUGGCCACCACAACAGAUGUAAAAUAUGCGAGUCACGGGGAAGAACUAUAAACAAGAAGGAAUGCGUCGGUGCUGCACUCUGCCGAUUGUUUCCAACGUCUCUCUGGAUGCGCAAUCAUCCGGUCGGGGAGAAUCCCAGUGAGGGCACCAGCUGCAAAGUUUGACCAGCGGGGGAAACCUAGAUGCUGCAGCCCGAGUCUGCUGGUCAUUCAGAUCCAGCCUCGUCUGAGCUGAAGUGGCUCCUCGUAAGCAGUCGGAUGAAAGACUGGCUGCUUGGAGGACCGGGCCAGGUACAGAAAUUAUCACAGAGACGAACACGGCGCCUGAUUGUGCUCUCCCGCCGCAAUUACAGCUCCUCGCUCCGGGGUGGCGUAAUGGCCUGGAGCUCGCCUCUGUCGAGCAGCCACUCCAUUCCCGCCCUAAUGUGAUGGAGGCAGCCACCACCUCUGCUAGCACAGAGCGAGGAGUCCUUUAAUGGACUGAAACAUGUUGUGUUUCUUCCCCCCUUUAAGCAGCAUAUGAAUAGUUAAACCUAUCCCUCUCUAAGCUCACAUAAUAAUGGAUGUCUUUCCUUUUUGUCCACCUUGUUUUGUAUCAGCGCCUCUGUCUGGGAGAUUGUUUUGUGCUGCGGCCUCAUUUAGUAUUCUGACUCUGCGUGUGUGUGUGUGUGUGUGGGGGGGCGCGUGCGUGUGUGUGUGUUUGUACCUGUGAGAGAAUUGGAAAUUGAGCCGUGUAAUGAGUGCUGUGCUUUCCCAGAUAGGAUUGCUGAAACUUUAACUUCUUCUGCAGCAGCCCGGCCAAAGAAAACAGCACUGAUGAAACUCCAAAUGCUUCCUUACCUUAGAGUAACACUCAGUAAAACUGCAUGCACUUGAUUAUUGACAAUAAGGGACACAAAGAACCUGACUGUUGUGGUUUCAGGCUAUUUUAACGAACCGUUUUUCAUCCUUACAUGACUUCCUACACACCGUCUCUCACUUUUGGACCUAUUUGACCACAUCAUUUUGGAAGGCUUUGAAGUAAAUCCCUUCUCCCUAAAGAGUUGACUCUAAUUGUCUCUUUAUGGCAUUUUUUAAAGUCCGUCCACAUCUCAGGGAUAGUUUAAAUCUGCUCGUUUAAAAUCACCACCGCAGGCCGUUUGAGCUGCCUCAUUUAUAUUUACAAAAGCUCACGUUUAAUAUUCUUUUCUUGUUUUUUUGUUGUUUUUUUUCUUUUUACUUCAGUGACUUUUUUGUAUUUGCUGAUUGUUUCGUGUCUCUGUACUGUAUCCUUACACAACAAAUAUAAUACAGAUUACUUUUUGAAGGAAAAGAAUAAACUUUCCCUUGUCUCUUUUUAUCUUUAA